UUCAUAUUCACAUACUUCGAAUGAAUCUAUUCAUCUAUGAAGUGUUCACAGUAAUGGCUUAUGGUGCUUUCUUUCCCCCCACCACAAAUUUUCAACCGAACUAAACCCUAAACAACCACUCACAAUGGGCUAUUUCUCUUGCAACGGCGAGUCCGCAAUAGCCACGUGCGACCCUCACUAUUGGGACCUCAAGAAGAAGCCCACAGGCCCAACAAAAGCCCAUCAUAACAACUUAACCGUCAAGCACUUCGACUACACCGACCUCCUGGCCGCCACAAACUCUUUCUCCGCCGACAACUUCUUAGGGAAAGGCAGCUAUGGCAGCGUCUACAAAGCCACGCUCGACGGCGGACACCUCAUCGCCGCGGUAAAAAAAACCAAACCCUCCGCCGCAAGCCACCACAACGCCGCCGACAACGAGAUCGAGAUUCUAUCCCACGUCACGAGCCCUCGCCUCGUCAAUCUCAUUGGCUUCUGUAACGACCGCAACAACAAACUCAUCGUCGUCGAAUAUAUGCCUAACGGUUCACUCUACGAGCUUCUCCACUCCAACACGGUUCGACCACCGGGUUGGAACCGGCGCGUCCGGUUUGCGGUUCAGGUAGCGAAAGCGGUUCGCGGUUUACACUGUUCUGAACCGCCGGUUAUUCACCGCGACAUUAAGUCAUCAAAUGUGCUUAUUGACGAGAAGUGGAACGCGCGCCUGGGUGACUUUGGACUCGCGCUAAGGGGACACGUGGAGGACGUUCGCGUCAAAUGCACGCCACCGGCGGGGACGUUAGGGUACCUCGAUCCGUCCUAUCUUGCACCGGGGGACCUUAGUGUUAAGAGCGAUGUCUUCAGCUUCGGGAUCUUGCUUCUCGAGAUAGCGAGCGGUAGGAACGCCAUUGAUGUGAACCAUAGUCCUCCGUCGGUGUUGGACUGGGCGGUGCCGUUGAUACGGCGUGGCGAGUUCGCCGGAAUCUGCGACCGACGGAUCGGAGCGCCGCCGGAUGCGGCGGCGUUUCGUGAGAUGGUUGUGAUGGCGGCGAGGUGCGUGAGGUCGACAGUGGAGAAGCGGCCGUCGAUGGCGGAGGUGGUGGAGUGUCUUAAGGCAGUGAGGAAGAGGUUUCACGCGCCGGUGAUAUGGAAGCGACUGAAGAGGCGCGUGGCAACGCGUGGGAAAAUGUUGGGGAAUGAUUGUGACAGAAGUGAGGAAGUUGUGAGGGUAGUUAAGGGUGGGAAUAGAAGGAAUGGCAAGGUAUCGAGCGUGACGGGCGUAGAGUAUGAAAGUGAACCUGCGAAUCCUGCGGUGAGGAUUAGGUUAAGGUCGAGGUCGAGAUCGAGAUCCAUUGGUUCUGGUUUUUUUAGUGAUAUAAAAAUGAGAUCGGUUUUGGAUCCGAACCUAAUUGGUUUGGGGUUUGGUAGUAGGAAAGGGAAAAUGCUCAAGAGAUCAAGGUCUAUGGGACAUUAUGGCAGCGAGGCAAAGACGUUUCAUGAGAAACGUAGCGAUAAUAAUAAUGACACGAGUUGUUCGACAGAGAUGGCACUGUCCAAGUUGGCCAUUGCGGAUAAGAAGUUGGAACAGAGAAUGCUUGAAAAACCUUUGGUUUAUUCUCAUCGUUUUGAGAAUCCAAGUAAUUGAGUGAGCAUAGUAAUUGUUUUUGUUUUGUGAUUUGGGAAUCUUUACCUUUUCAUGAUUAGGUUCAACUUUGAAGGAUUCCAAUAAACGUGCGAGGGGAAAAGUGAAGCUGUUUAUUGUAUUUUAUGCUGAUCAAAAGUUAUUCAUUAAUUAUUGUGUGUGUAUAGAUU